UAGAGAAAGAGAAGAAAGAGAGAAAAAGCAACAAGCUUUGGACGAGUCUGGUCUUGAAGGCAAAAACCCACAAGGAUUUCUCGUCCUUGUCAUCAAGAUUUUGGCCAUGGACACCAGAGCAGUUGUUCGUCCACAACCCAGAGGGAAUGGUAAAGUGCAUGGAGAAGCACCAAGAAGGAACCAGAGAGUAGUUCUCAGGGACAGGACCAAUGUUGAGGCAGGUCAGGCUGAAAUCAAAGGGAAGGCCCCAGUUCAGAUCAGUCGCCCCAUCACAAGGAGAUUUCAGGCCCAACUGUUGGCAAACAAUGUGCAGAAGAACAAUGUGAACCAAGUGCUCGGUGUUGUAGACCAGCCUGCUCAGAGUAGAAAAUGCGCCCCUACAAGAAAUGUUACGGAGAAGGCAUCAGAUGCCGAGAAGGAGAAGCCUAUUAGUAGAACCAAGGCAGUACAAUAUCCAAGGAAGGAGGCCAAGGCUUUUAGUUCAACACUAACAGCUCGAAGCAAGGCUGUGGCUUGUGGACUCACCAACAAGCCAAAAGAGCAGAUUGUGGAUUUUGAUGCAGCUGAUGUUAAUGAUGAAUUAGCUGGUGUUGAGUAUGUUGAUGAAUUGUACAAGUUCUACAAACUUGAUGAGGAUAACAGCCGAGUUAGAGAUUACAUGGACAAACAGCCAGAUCUUAAUUCAAAGAUGAGAUCUAUCCUUGUAGACUGGUUGGUAGAUGUUCACAGGAAAUUUGGACUAACACCUGAAACAUUCUACCUCACCGUGAAUAUAAUCGACCGAUUCCUUUCAAGGAGGAUAGUAAUUAGAAGGGAACUUCAGCUAGUUGGCAUCAGUUCUAUGGUGAUUGCAUCUAAGUAUGAGGAAGUCUGGGCUCCACAGGUCAAGGAUUUUGUGUGCUUAUCAGACAAUACAUAUACAGGCAGUCAGGUUCGUGCAAUGGAGAAAAAUAUCUUGGAGAAGUUGGGGUGGUAUUUGACAGUUCCCACACCUUAUGUCUUUCUUGCAAGAUACAUUAAAGCAUCAAUUUCACCUGAUGAUGAGCUGAGACAUAUGGUGUUCUUUCUAGCUGAACUCGGAGUCUUGGAUUAUCAGACAACCAUACGGUACUCCCCAUCCAUGAUAGCUGCUGCAGCCGUCUAUGCUGCCCGUUGUACCCUCAACAAAAAGACUUCCUGGACUGAAACUUUGAAGCACCAUACUGGCUACUCUGAACAACAGUUAAGGGAAUGUACCAAGACAUUGGUUGGGUUUCACUCAAAGGCUGGAGAAAGUGAUCUGAAAGCUGUUAACAAGAAGUACACAAAGCCUGAAUAUGGUGCAGUUGCUCUUCGCACACCAGCAAAACUUUGUUAGUCGUCUUCAGGAAGAUGUCCCCUGGAGUCCCCUCUGAGCAUUGGUAAUUUUUUUUGUACAGAAUACAACAGCCAACCUGAAUAUAUUGCUAAUAGUGGUGGUUUUUCUGUAAUAGAGAUUGAGUGUCAAGAAAGUUAAUAGGUGGUUUUGGUUUUGGUUUCAAUCUGUGUGGUCUGUUCAUCUUGAAUGUUGAACGUUAUAGGUCUGGUUUGGUUCCAAUCUACAUACUCUAGAAACUGAGAGUGGGCACUGUUCUGCUCAUUGUCUUCUACAGAUUGUUUCUCUUCAGCUACAGAUUGUUCUCUGAUGCAUGUAUAGUUUUAUGAAGUUUAUCUUCUGUCAA